UCCGCCCACGCAGGGAGGCCGUUGUGAGCUCUGAGGAUUUCUCACGGGCCCCGCCCUGGGGGUGGGGCCGGGAGUGGUCACGUGGAGGGGCGCCCUGUCCCCCGAGCCCCGCCCCGCCUCGCCCGUCCCCGCGCUCGGGGUCCUCCGCCCGGUCUUCGUCCGGAGCCAGAAGCCCAGAGACAGCCGAGGGUGCCGUGGGGGCUCAGGACGCUCAAGGCUCCGCCGGAUCCCCGCCAGCAGGGCAGGAGGCUGACCCUCCGCGGUAGCGGCAGCAGCUAGGACUCGAGCGCGGGCGGCAGCAGCGGCGGCGGCAGCGACACCAUGGAUCUCUCCUUUAUGGCCGCUCAGAGAUGGAGUCUCACUAUGUUACCCAGACUGAUCUUGAGUUCGUAACCUCAAACAAUCCUCCCACCAUGGCCUCCCAAAGCACUGGGAUUACAGCAAUCUCACUGGUUGGACUGCAUUGGCUUCAUUACUUACAGAAGGGAAAUUGAGGCAAGUGGCUGCCCAUGAUGGGAGGAGCUUUCAUGGACUCACCCAAUGAGGACUUCAGCACUGAGUACUCCCUGUUUAAUUCCUCUGCCAAUGUCCACGCGGCCUCCAACGGCCAGGGCCAGCCGGAAGAUCCUCCUCGAUCCUCCAACGACGCCGUCUUGCUGUGGAUUGCCAUCAUAGCCACGCUGGGGAACAUCGUGGUGGUGGGCGUGGUGUACGCCUUCACCUUCUGAGGAUGGCGCACUCUGCACCACCAUGGGGUGAGGCUUGGCAUGUGGCUCUGUCUUGCUGUUGGCCUUUGGCUGCUCCCAUGUUCUAGAACCAGGAGUUCUGACCAGGGGCAGCGGCCGUCCUUCUGGAAUUUUCCCUUGGCAGCCCUGAUUUCAAAUAUCCCACGUUGUGGUCAAACUGAGUCAGAAAACAUGGAAAUAUAGGCCUCCUGCUCCUAGAGGCAUGACGGGGAAAAGCCUUCAGAAGGCAGAUUGGGGAUUCUCGAAACUACAUUCCAAGAACAGGAGACCAGAUGGAGCAGCUAGUUAGGUUUAAAACAUAGACAUGGUUUGACGAUCGCUUGCUGGUGGUAAAUAAUCACUUGUGUGUCUUGUUUUUAUUCAAACUUAGGGCAUGGGGUACUGGGGCAAGAGCAGCCCUCAGAAUUUCAGCAUUCCCCACCCAAUUCUGGUUUCACAUUCAGCCCCUUGGCCAUUCAAUAGGGCCACUGGAUGGUCCUAAUUUGACUUUGAAGUGGCACCUUUGCCAUGAGACACCCAGCCCUUUCCAAGACCCAAGUGCAUCAGGAGACCCGGGAAUGGGGGGUUUACUGGUAAUAAGAUGGGGUUUCUGGGGGUGUCAGUGGUGGUUUUUACCUGCUGGUCGGACUUUUUCUUCUUUCUAAGAAGAGGAGAGGAUGUCUUUAAGAGCUAGAUCUGCCAGGCCGUGGACUCUUCAGGCCACCCAUGUGAAGAUGCUCUUUCUUCUCUGAGGAAUUGUGGAAUUUUAGAGAUGAACAAGGUUCAUGUCCACUAAAUGAUUCAAUGGAUGGGUCAGAAAGGGGGGUAAUUCACCUGUGGUAGUUUGUGGAGGAGUCAGAUGUGUCUUCACUCCCAGCUCACUGCUCUCUCUGCCCCAUCUAAGCACUUCCCUGAGGAGGUUCCUGAGAAGCUGCCCUCAGGAGAAUGUCCAGGCAUCUUGAAGGUGGGUGCAGGAUUGGCAGGCCGCUCAGAUACCAUCUUCUACGCUCAGUUUGGAUACCGUGCACUCUCCUCCAGCUGUGAGUGCUUCUGCCCAAGCCACUUCCCUAAAUUCUUAAAAAUCAGCAUCUGGGGGCCUGGCAAACAAGGAAGUUUCCAAGUAAAAAUCCAUAGAGAAGGGCCCACUUUUCUUUCUUCCUUUUGCACAGAACUCACCCCCGCCCCCCACACCUUCCCAAGGCAGCCUUCCCAUGCAGAUGGAUCUGGAAAAAUCCCAAAAAGGGGCUUACUCACCUCUAGGGCCAGAGAGGUUUUCUCUUCACUUUCUACACUGCAAAAACAGAAAAAUCACAUCAGCAACCCCCUCUGUGAUAGAGAAACUUAAAAAGCUGGUUAGGAAGCCCUGUGUAUAUUUAGGGAAAAUUACAAAAAAGCUGGACUUGCCACUAUGGUCUCAGGAGAAAUGAGUGUUCUUGAUGACAGGCAAAGGGACACCUUAGUUGUCUAGAAGCGGCACCCUUCCCUGGAAGCCCCAUGGUAAUAGGAUUACUAACUUGGCCCCACACAAUGCCUGCUCAUGGCUACCCGUUCUUACUGGCCACAUCCGUCACUGCCGCCAUAUGUCAUCCACCAGCUUCAGCUUAAGAGGAGGUCACAAGUGCAAAGAAACUGACCUUGGCAAUGAGGGAGAAGGGACAUGGACCAUCUCCCUGGAACUCCUGGAAUCACUGACAGGGCGGAGGAUGGGCUGGGUAGUUAGCCAUGGUGUGCAUGGGUGUUUCCAGCCAGUCUCUCUCCAUCAAACCCCAGGUCUGUCCCAUAAGCAAGGUCUUUAACAGGUGGAUGUCUCCAUGAAAAAGCCCAGUGAGAGAAGCCCAGAGCCAAGGCAGGGUUGCUUGAUGUCUACAUGGAGUCACUCCUGCCCACAUGCUCAAAUCUUCCCUUCUGACCCCACAUCCCUAGGAGGCCCUGGCCCUUGUAAAGAUGCAGGAGGCAGCUCUCUGGCCUCCAGUGGCCCAUGGAGAUGGCAGUAGGGAGAGAGGGUUCUAUGUUUGCUCCAGUGAAGGGAGGAGAAGACAGGAGAAAAGAAUGGCUUCUAGCGCUGAAGACGUCUCCAGCAUCCCAGGCACUGGGUGCUUCUGGCUGCAGGAUUUUUCCCUGUGGAGGCCCCUCAGCCCCCACCCCUGACCUAAAUGUCAGUUACAUUCAGUAUUCAAGCCUCUCCCCAUCUUCAGCGUCAGAGCAGUAGAUGAUUCAGGGUAUUGGAGACUCGUCCACUUUGCGUUGCACAGAUGAGUGACUUCCUCGGGGUUGCUCCGUCUUGGUCUCCUAUGGUUUCUUUAUCAACUUCUUACCACCAUCUCUCAAAUAACAGUGAGGAUAGAUAUGCCCAUUAGUGUCUGAUUAAGGAGCAAAGGAUGGAUUUCCAGCCAGAGUGAGCUGCGCUCUCCCUCCUGCCUCAGCGGGAGUCCAUCUUAGCAGUUCGGAAGGGGAAAAAGAUGCCGGUCCUCACUGCUCAAGUACUGUGUCCGGGUGCCACCGGACUUGCGUGCACAUGAACUCCUUACCAUCACCACACAGCAUCAUUGUCCCAGUGCACAGGUAAGGAACUAGAGGCUCAGAGGAGUGAAGUCACCUUCCUGAGCUUACAAGCAUGAAAGUGACACGCUAGGAUUUGAACCUGAGAAGUUGGGCUCUAAAACCAGGCUCCUUCUGCCACACCGUACUGCCUUCUGCGACUGGGUGGCACCUCCAGGGCACAUUUACACCAGGGCUUGAAUCUACAGAAUCUGUUUCUCAGGAUGCCACAUCAUGGUGUGACCUGGGCCAGCUCUGGCUUCCACAGGUUCCUGACCGUCGUCAGAGUGGAACACGCUCAACGUCCCGCCCAGUGCUCUCUCUGCCCGGACUUCAGGGGUGCUGGUCCCUGAGGCCUGCCCCUUCUUUAAGGUUCAACUCAAGUCUCCUUGGAAGGCCCCAGUGAAGUUCCCAGAGACCGGUUUUCUUGGGAUGCAAACAGAAGGGGACCCCCCCCAACCUGGCCAACACCCAGGAGCCCAACAGAAGCACUCACACAUAGAAAAAGGCUCACUGCAGCCGGAACUGGCAGUCAGAGUCCUGGGGCCACCCUGCUCUGCAGGGUGACCCCAGGCUCCCCAGGGCAGGGGAGAGGGAUCCCCCUGACUCAGACUUCAGCUGGGACCUCUGUUCUGGCUUCUCCUGACCCCAGAGCCCACCUAGAUUUAAUGAAUCAGUGCUAAGAAGAGGCUUGCCUGUUAAAAGCUGCACCUCAGAGAAAGGGUCCUGCCUUUUCUGGAAUGUUUUCUGUGAUCACCCCUCUAUGUGCCCCUCCAUUGCUCCUCUGCAAGCGAUUAGGUGUCCCUCACCUGUGUUUGUGUGUGGGACACUUUUGAUUCAAAAGAACAACUUAGGCUGCAUGCAGCGGCUCAUGCCUAUAAUCCCGGCACUUUGGGAAGCCAAAGUGGGCAGGAACAGGAGUUCGAGACCAGACUGGCCAACAUGACGAAACCCCAUCUCUACUAUAAAUACAACAAUUAACCAGACGUAGUGGCGUGUGCCUGUAAUCCCAGCUACUCAGGAGGCUGAGGCAGGAGAAUUGAUUGAAUCGGGAGGUGGAGGCUGCAGUGAGCCGAGAUCGCGCCACUGCACUCCAGCCUGGGCAAUAGAACGGACUGUCUCAAAAAAAAAAAAAAAAAAAAAAAAAAGAGCAGCUUGCUGCUUUGUGAGGUUGUGAGUGGCUGCCACUGGAGGACUUUGAGAAGAGGCCAGAUGCUGCUGUGGCCAGGCCUGUCUUAAGAGGACUUGUGCCUCCAGGGACCCAGGCAGGAUGAUGGCGCAGCCCUUUCUACUCCGAGCCAACGCUGUCCUUCCCCUUUCCCGUGAAACCAAGGUCAAGAGACAAAUAAGAUUCCCAGCUCCACUCCACCCCCCAGAGAGAAAUUAUUCUUUCUACUUUCAGAUCCCCCAGGAUCUAGGGAGAAAGGAUGGGAGGAGGGACGGCAGCACUUUUCCAGCCCGGGCUGAGCUGGAAGUCUCGGAGGCCCGCCAGACCACGCUGGCGUAUCCUGGGGUGGGUCUCUGGAGACUGAAGAAGGUUGGCCAGUCUGCCUGUUGUCAGCACUGCUGCCUGAGCCCUGCAAGACAAAUGGCACUUUCCUUCUUCAGAAGCGUGACCCGCCUUCGUUACUAGCAGUAGUAUUAUUACCAGUUAUUGUUUGUUCCCACUGCUGCCAGUUUUGCCCCGCUUUUUGUUGUUCUAUUUGUAUCCCAUUUACUUCUCAAAUUGCCCCUGGGGACAGGAAUGGGGAUGCAGAGAGAUGCACAUUAAUUAUUGUCGUGUUUUUCUUGGAAAACACUGAGGCCAGGGCUGAUUGCUCAUAGCUAAGAAGCCGUGGUUCAGACCCAGUUCUUCAGCUCCAGAGGCACCCUGCAUCCAUGCCCCCCAGGGUCCCCCUGGGAUGGACCAUCCUGGGAUAUGGGACCUCAGAGGCUGGGGCUGAGGUUUGGUUUGGUCCUCAAGAGCUUGUAGCCAGAUUGCCACAGUCAAGUGUAAGUCCAGGAAAGGGGCAGGCAGCGGUGCACAUGGAUUUGUCGGUUUCAGAACCUCAGACUGAUAAGAGGCUAUAGAGAGCAUCUAAUUGGGACCUUUAAUUUUUCAGGGAGAGCAGCUGAGGCCACGUGGAAAAUUAGUGGAGAGCUGACAAAUUUCUGGGCACCUGGCCCAGAAGUCCGUGGUCCAGCAUGUUGUACAUUUGGUAGGAAACAAAGGGCUUUCCCGGGAUUACCUGCGCCGGUUCCGAGGUGGGUUGUGCUCACUGCAGCUGCCACUGGCCCCCUUUGCUGCUUCCUGGCAGAUGCCCAGUGACUGUUCCUGAGCAAGUCCUAGGGUUUGGCUGAGCUGCUGUGACAGGGAGGUCCAGGGAGCUCUGCUCAGGGGGCCAAAGGGACCAGUCGGAGCCUGAAUGUUCUAUGUUCACCUGCUCCAACCCCUCCCAUCCCGGCCCACUCCAUGGGCCCCUGACCUUGGUCACUCAGUGAGAAGGAUGGAGGAGAAGGUGGCUGAACUGAGUACUGAGAACCCAGAGGGACAGAGUCCGCAGCUUCCAAGCAGGAAAAGCGACCUCUCUGAAAAAUCUGGAUAACCAGAAUUAUCAUAGCACCCACGUACUCCCAGUGCAUCCUUCUGAAAUCAAAUCUUGAGCAUUUACUGGGUUUCUUUUUGAGGAGGAGGGAAAGUAACAAAGGACAAAGCAAUGCAAACCAUCAUGACUGAAGACUCGCCUGGAGCGAGAAAACAGUUACUGCCAGAAGCACAAUGGAAGAGCCAGAACGUACGCAAAAUUGACUACAUAAAUUCUGAAAUAUAAGUGUAUAGUGUGCUCUGAGUCACUGUAGAAGUCAUGCAUUGAUUAUCAAGACAGAAAAUAAAAGCAGAGAACGACAUGGACACAGGUCCUUGGAGAGGCUGCACGGGUGGUGCUGUCCCCGGGGGGUCCGGACACUGGUCUUUUGACCAUGGUGGCAGUCUCGCACCUGCCCAGACGGCUCCAUGCAGACAUCUGGCAAGGCAGUCAACUGUUCUUAGGUCCUUUUUCAAACCGGUUUCCUGCUCUCCAAGAGGAGGUUUUGAGUCCAUUCUGCCUUGGAAAUAAAUCCUGACAGAUAUACACAGCAUACUUGCAGGGAAUUUGCAGGCCCCGGUUAUUGGGGGAACCAGAGCCCAUUCCACACUGAGCCCCUGUCCACGUGGCUAAGCAGCUCCCCUGUGCGUCCUGUAUCUGUCUCACUUGGUGUCUUUCUGCCAGUUUCUUUAAGAACCAGAGCGUCACCGCGUUUGCUGUUCAACGCAUUGUCCCAGCAAGGCAGAUGGUUCUGAUAAGGGUUUAGUAACGCUGGCAGGAAGGGAGCUUCCAAACUUUUGCCUUGAAGAAACUGAGUCUGUGAGAGGCUUGGGAGUGUUGUCAGGUAGAGCUUUUCAGGAGAGAGGGGUCUUGAGCCCAGGAUACCUAACUAUGGAGUUUUCACUGGGAGACUUAGUGGUGGCUUCCAUGAGGCCAGUCGUUCUCAAGGAAGGGCUGGGGGCCAUCAGCAACGUCUGGAGACAUUUUUUAUUCUCACAGCUCUGUGGGGAUGGCUACCGGCAUCUCAUGGGUGGAGGCCAGGGAUGCCACCAAACAUCCUACAAUGCACAGGGAAGCCCCCCGCAAAUAAGAAUCAUCCAGCCCCCAAUGCCAAUAGUGCCAAGGUUGGAGGACCUUGCACUGAGCCAUCGUAUCUCUGAUUUCAAAACUAUGCAUGCUUUUCACUUUUGUGAGUCAUUGAAUAAAUCAGAGCUCUUCUGAGCAACAUCAGAGAUCCUGGUCACUGCCCUGAGUUCAAAUAAUGCCAGCAGAGGGCAGUGAUCUGGAACUCCCAGCAUGUCAUAUGAGUCUCUUGGAAAUCCAUGUGACCCUGUUUUCACCAUCUUGGGCAUUUGUGGGGACCCCCAGACUGGAGGGAGAAAACCCAACAAAGUGGAUGGGAGUGUGGGGCUGAACUUCUCCACCCUUGACUUUGUGUCUCUGGGACCUCCAGGGACCUGGCCCCUCACCAGUGCAUCUGAGGAGCACCUUUAGGGAAAAGCUUAGGAUUGGAGUGGGUGUGGGAGUACUGGGUAGCAACUUGUGAGCAAAUCUGUGUCUUCUCUUGUUCCCGACCCUUGUCCACCUGCCCGGUCCUAUUUCCGCCAGUUGAAGGCAUACUAAUAUUAUUUAUACUAUUUAAACUUUUGAAGAAACCUAUUCUUGUAACUUGCUGCUCUUCAGAUACCAGUUCUUCAUGCCGAGAGCAUCGGAAAUGUUUCUGUGUCUUACUGGUGUUUUCAUGAUCCACCCUGUAAAUGUAAGCAGUUGACUUCAUAAAAAGCUAUUUUAACUACUCUUGGAAUCCUUGGUUACCAACGCCUGGUUUCACCAUGCGAUCACUGACUUUUCUACAGUGAAGACUCUUUCUUAAUGUAGGAUUUCAAUGCGUUCUUUUGAUUAAAGAUAUCUAACCUUAUGUAAAAAUGUAGCUGUGAAAUCUUCUCACUUUGUUAGUGUUGUUGCUAUUGUCAUUUUCUAUUAUGAUCAUUGAAAAGAGAAAAGAAGUAAACAUAAA